AUGCUGUCCUCGAAUCGAUUAUUAUUUCUCUCCUCCCUACUGCUGUCGACCUCCUCGCUUUCCUCUGCCUUCUAUCUGCCCGGGGUGGCACCAACUUCCUACGAUGAAGGACAAAAAGUGCCGCUGUAUGUGAAUCAUCUCACGCCAGGGGUCGCCCGACAGGAUGACCAGCUCCAUUCCGUAUUAUCCUACGACUAUUACAACCCUCUUUUCCAUUUCUGUCAGCCGCAGGAUGGACCCAAAGACGUUCGGGAAUCGUUGGGAAGUAUCAUCUUUGGAGACCGCAUCCGGACGUCGCCCUUCGAGUUGCAUAUGAUCAAGAAUGAGACGUGCAAAGCUGUCUGCGGAGAGGUAACAUUCGAUCCGAAAAGCGCCAAAUUUACGAAUCGGAGGAUCACUCAGGGAUACAACAUCAACUGGCUGGUCGACGGACUGCCGGCCGCGCAACUGAAUAUGGAUGCCAUCACCAAGACCGAAUUCUACAGCCCCGGCUUUCUGCUAGGUAGUGUGGACGACAAUGGACAGCCGCUCUUGCACAAUCACUAUGACAUCGUGAUUGACUAUCACCGGGCCGGCAUCCCGGCGUCGAACAAAUUACGGGUGGUCGGUGUCCUCGUCCAGCCUGACUCGCGCGGCAAGUCGAAGGUGCUGGAUAAUGGGGAAGUUGAUUGUGCCGAGGGUGGCCCUCCUAUGAUCCUCAGUGAAGAGGAUGAGACGCCUGUGACGUGGACAUACAGCGUGUACUGGAGGGAAUCCGACACUGCAUGGGCGACCCGAUGGGAUAAAUACCUGCAUGUUUUUGACCCCAAGAUCCACUGGUUCUCCCUAAUAAACUCGUCCGUCUUCGUCUUCUUCCUGGUCGGCAUGGUUAGCAUGAUUUUGAUCCGUGCUCUAAAGAAGGAUAUCGCGCGGUAUAACAGGCUGGAUUCGAUUAAUCUGGACGAUCUGGACGGAACUUCGGCGGCCGUGGAGGAUGGCAUACAGGAGGACUCGGGAUGGAAGCUGGUGCAUGGAGAUGUGUUCCGGUGCCCCAAGAGUCCCCUUCUGUUGAGUGUCCUGCUGGGCAAUGGCGCUCAGAUAUUUGUCAUGACUGGAGUCACUGUGGUCUUCGCCCUCUUUGGUCUUCUAUCCCCCGCCAAUCGUGGAUUCCUGGCGACGACGAUCCUCAUCCUCUACACCGUUUUCGGCUUCAUCGGCGGGUACGUGUCGGCCCGCGUCUACAAGUCUUUCGGCGGCGAGGCGUGGAAGCGCAACAUCAUCCUAACGCCAGUUCUCAUUCCUGGUCUCGUGUUUUCAUUGUUCUUCCUGCUGAAUCUGUUUGUGUGGGCCAAUGGCUCGAGUGGUGCCGUCCCGUUCACGACUAUGAUCGCUCUGGUCCUGAUCUGGUUCGUGAUCAGUGUGCCGCUCAGUGUGGCUGGCAGCUGGGUUGGGUUCAAGCAACGGGCUAUUGAAGGCCCGACCAAGACGAACCAGAUCCCCCGUCAGAUCCCUCCUCCCGUCGGCACUCUCCGUCCGAUCCCGUCUCUCCUGCUGACGGGUAUUCUCCCCUUUGGUGCCAUUUUCGUGGAGCUCUACUUUAUCAUGAACUCUCUGUGGACCAGCAAGAUCUACUACAUGUUCGGAUUCCUCUUUCUCUGCUAUGUGCUGAUGAUCAUCACGACGGCGGCUACGACGAUCCUGCUGGUCUACUUUAUGCUUUGCGCGGAGGAUUACCGCUGGCAAUGGCGGGCUUUUGGCGGUGCCGGCAUGACUGGUUUCUAUGUCUUCCUCAACGCGCUCAUCUUUUGGGCCACUCGAGUGAGCUUCGGCGGCCUGACGGGGGCCGUCCUUUACGUGGGAUAUUCGGCCCUGAUUGGCUUUUUGGUCUUUAUCUUGACUGAGCAGUAA